AAUGUCGAACAAGUACCCAAUAUAUCCGAUGCCAGAGCCUCAGCACUUUAGCGACUAUGGUUUCGAUCCCCAAAUCGACUACUUCCAGGUUCUAGAGGAAGCCCGAAAUCACAAGCGAGAGAAGUCCAGAUCCGUAGAUGCUCUGCAUUUCAAGUUACAGAAACCCAUUUCUAAAGAAGACUCAAAGAAGAAGAAUAAGAAAAAAAAGAAAUGGUGGAGAAAUGCUCUCCUAUUCUGGAAGUGGAAGUGGGCUCAGGGUGAGAGACACAAUGGCGAAGAGAGUGGUUUUAACAAUAAGAGCCGAGCUUGCAGGGCAACAAUAUCUGGACAGGUUUACAUAACAGAGAGCAGAAGCGGGUCGAGCACGCCGUGCCGGACUAGCAAUAGGCCGGCAUCUGGGCCUCUAGCUGGUACAUUGACACCCACACGGAAAGCGGAGUUGGCGGAGAUACCUUAUCUCAGCCUUAGAGACCUCAACAUGGAACCACAGCAAUAUCAUCGUGUCUCAGCAUCCGCCAUGCCCAUUUACUUGGUUAGUUAG